UACCUCUACAGAUUCCUAAUUCUUCCCUUUGACUUGCCGUCCUUCCGGUCACUACUACUGCAAUUGCAUCCCAACUCGCAAUGAACGCGUUCAGAAUUCCAUGCAAGGUCCAUGGCCACGUGGGCAGCUCGUUCAGGGCAUCAUCCGCGAAGGGCUCACGAGCAAUUUCAGUAGGACAGACUGCUGACUGGGAUGCAUCCCAGUAUUUACGCUUCGCUGACGAAAGAACGCGUCCGUCAAGGGACCUUGUAGCUGCAAUUCCACUGCAGAAUCCUAAGAACAUUAUUGAUCUUGGCUGUGGACCCGCCAACUCGACUGCAGUUCUUGCUUCUCGAUACCCUUCGUCGAGAAGUACUCGCAUCCGCGGAAUUGAUUCGUCACCAGACAUGCUACGCAAAGCUCGGGAAGUCUUACCAGCUGCAGAUUUUGAACUCGCCGACCUGGCGAUAUGGGAACCGCCGCAGGGAAAUGAGGCAGCAGAUCUACUCUUCACGAAUGCUACUUUGCAGUGGCUGCCCGCCGAGCUGAUUCUUCCUAUCAUUGAGAAGUGGGUGAAGAGCCAGCCAAGUGGUGGUGUGUUCGCGAUGCAGGUUCCGGACAACGUGACCGAACCUAGUCAUGUCCUCAUGGCCGAAACGGCGUCCGCAGGACCUUGGGCAGGACUUCUAUCCCAGAAAAGUCCGGGUCGUUCAAUCUUUCCGCGACCCAACACUCUAUAUGAUCGCAUGCAGCCUCUUUGUCGGAACAUUGAUAUCUGGCACACUUAUUACCAGCAUCGCCUUGAUGGGCACGAGGCUAUAGUUUCUUGGUUCAAACAGAGUGGGCUGAGGCCCUACCUACAGCCACUAGAGAAAGACAUGCAGAAAACGUUCCUGCAAAAUUAUCUCGAAAGCAUCAAGGCGGCGUAUCCACUCAAUAAGGAUGGCUCGGUCUUGCUACGAUUUCCGCGACUUUUCAUGGUAUGUGUUCGAUCAUAGUGUACAACUCAGCGGCAGCCCUUCUUAUAUGGCGUCGAUACUCAGUUCGAGUGUAUGCCAAUCUGAGACAAACAGCACCACAUCUGCAAUCAAUUCGCGCUGGAGUAUCCCGGUAGUCCAAGUUGGUCGGUCGGAGAAGGCCAUUAUGAAAGCAAAUAACCAGAUUCAGAUUAUUAUCAGGUUUUGAAAAACCUGCGCCCAUUCAGCGUGCUUAUUAUUACCGGAGAACAUCGUUUUCUUGAUCUGGUAUAUCACGUGACUCUCGAGUGCAUGAUAAAGGUCGCGUCGCGCAUCCGUCGUUGAUCAAUUCACGAUUAUCUUCGAUACUA